AUGCCAUUGAGUCACAACUCUUUGCUCUACCUCCUCAUCACAUCUGGCAAACAAAGCAGCAGCAACAUGGACAUCUACAAACGUGUAAAGAAAAUGACGUCCAGCCGCAGGCAUCACCUGAAGAGUCUGAUGCUGCAGAUUGCUGCCACCUGGAUCGAGCAGGAGAAGAUCGAUGCUGUGGAGACAAAGGAGGCCUACAUGGCCGAGGCAUGUCCAGCCCCUGAUCUCAACCAAGACCAGGCAGCCCUCAUGGAAUUGUGCAAAAAGAUCCACCAGUUCAUUGACAAAAUUGACGAUGCGAGGUACGACGCUGAGUCCAAAGUACAGAAGGCCGACAAGGAGAUCGAGGAGCUGAAGCUGAAGGUGGUGGAGCUGGCCGGAGUGAAGAAACCCGCCUUGAAGAAGGUGCGUAUGUCUGCUGACGCCAUGCUGCAGGCUCUGCUGGGAGGAAAACACAAGGUGACCAUGGACCUGAGGGCCAACCUGAAGCAAGUCAAGAAGGAGGUCAAAGAGGAGUCAACAGAGGCAGUCGGCGACUGGCGUAAAAACAUUGAAGAUAAAGCCGACAGGAAGAAGAUGUUCGAGACUUCCUAA